AAACAGAAUUGUUUCAGUAGCAUUUCAGUACAUUCAGUAGUUAAUUAACUAUCUCGGGGAGUAGACAUUGAUUUCAAUUUUCUCUUCAGGAAAAAUUAGUUUCUAUUUUCUUUUUUUUUUUUUGUUCACCGAAGCCUAAUAUUUAAUUUUCAUAGUUUCCGAAUCCGGUUUUCUCUAUGAAAGUAAAGAAGGCAGAAAAUUUUAGACGAGGUUGUUGAUGAUUAAAAAAAAUCAUGGAUGGAAAAAUAUAUACCGAGAAAGUAAAAAAUCCAAGAGAGAAGGCAAAUCCUCUCAGCGUUCUCACAUUCUCAUGGAUUUUACGAACAUUUUGGUUGGGAUAUAAAAGAGAUUUGGAAGUGAGUGAUCUAUAUAAACCCCUUAAGGAGCACACAAGCAGUAUUCUAGGUGAAAAAAUCACAUCAAUAUGGCAAGCAGAAUUUAAACGUUUAAAUAAAAUCGAUUUAUCAGACACACAAAGCCAUGACUAUAUGAAAGAUAAAGGAGAUGAGACCAAAUUUAAAGAACCAAGCUUACUACGAGUUUUAAUAAAAUGUUUUGGUGCUAAAGUAAUGAUGUAUGGAAUAUUGUUGGCAGUUAUGGAAAUUGUACUAAGGGUAAUGCAGCCUCUGUUUCUAUUUCGUUUUCUACGUUAUUAUCGCACUGAUAAUACAAUAUCAUAUUCAGAGGCCUAUCUCUAUGCAUUUGGAAUAAUUAUGUGCUCGGCAAUUAAUAUAUUUGUUGUUCAUCCAUACAUGAUGGCAAUUUUACAUAUGGGAAUGAAAAUGCGAGUGGCCUGUUGUACUUUAAUUUAUAGAAAAGCAUUGAGAUUAUCAAAAACAGCUCUUGGAGAAACAACAAUUGGUCAAGCUGUUAAUCUUCUUUCAAAUGAUGUUAAUCGUUUUGAUUUGGCAAUUAUUUUUGUACAUUAUUUAUGGAUUGGACCAUUGGAAACAAUUAUUAUAACAUAUUUUAUGUAUCAGGAAGUUGGUGUUGCCGCUAUUAUUGGAGUUGCGACACUUCUUAUGUUCAUUCCAUUGCAAGGAUUUUUGGGUAAAAAGUCCUCUGUAUUAAGAUUGCGAACUGCAAUAAGAACUGACGAAAGAGUACGUUUAACAAAUGAAAUAAUAACGGGCAUUCAGGCAAUAAAAAUGUAUACAUGGGAAAAACCAUUUAGCGCUCUUAUUGAAAAGGCGAGAAAGAAAGAAAUUAAUGUUAUAAGAGCAACCUCAUAUAUUAGGGGUGUUAUUAUGUCAUUUAUUAUGUUCUCAACUAGAUUAUCUCUCUUUAUCACAGUUUUAGCUUAUGUUCUUUAUGGUAAUCGUAUCACUGCCGAAAUUGUUUUCAUGUUGACUGCAUAUUAUAAUAUUCUUCGACAAACAAUGACUGUCUUCUUCCCUCAAGGAAUAACACAGAUAGCAGAAGCUAUUGUUUCUAUUAAACGUCUACAAAAAUUUAUGCGUUAUGAUGAAAUUUCUGAGAGAAAAAUACAAAAAUUUGAGAAGAAAAUUUCAAAAAUCGACGAAUUAAAUAAUGAUACAAUUUUUGAAAAAACAGAAGAACAUGAGGGUUCAGUAUUAGUAAAAAAUGGCUGUGCUAGAUGGUUAGAAAGUGAUAAAGAAGAUACUUUACAUGGUAUUAAUUUACACGUAAAACCAAAUCAAUUAGUUGCCAUUGUUGGACAAGUUGGUUCAGGAAAAUCAAGUUUAUUGAAUGUCAUUUUAAAAGAAUUACCACUUAAUGAAGGAUAUGUUCAGGUAAAAGGUAGUAUUGCCUACGCAAGCCAAGAGCCAUGGUUAUUUGCAGGAUCAGUUAGACAAAAUAUUUUAUUUGGCAGAAAAUACGAUCAAUUUCGCUAUGACAAAGUAAUAAAAGAAUGUCAAUUGAAACGCGAUUUUCAUUUAUUGCCUUACGGAGAUAGAACUGUUGUUGGUGAAAGAGGAAUCAGUCUUUCUGGUGGGCAACGAGCCAGGAUAAAUCUUGCACGAGCGGUUUAUGCAGAAGCUGAUAUUUAUUUAUUAGACGAUCCAUUAAGCGCAGUUGAUGCUCACGUUGGUAAACGUAUGUUUGAAGAUUGCAUCGAUAGAUACUUAAGAGGAAAAACGAGAAUUCUCGUUACUCAUCAAUUACAGUAUUUGAAAAAUGUGGAUCAUAUUAUUGUAUUAAAAGAUGGAAUAAUUCAAGCAGAAGGAACAUUCCAAGAAUUAAUUGCAUUAGGCAUUGAUUUUGGUCAACUUUUGGAAUCACAAUCACACGAUGAUACCGCUAAUUCAUCUGUCUCAGAGAAUAAAUCUAUUUCUCGACAAGGAAGUAUUAGUUCCAUUAGCUCUUGUAAUCCAAAUGACUCUGGAAAGCCAAUGGAUCCUGAGGAGGUGGAGGAAACACGAACAAAAGGCAAUGUUGGCGGAUGGGUUUAUGGCGGUUAUUUUAGAGCUGGAGGAAAUUGGUGUGUGAUAUUUUUCACAUGUAUGCUCUUUAUUUUAGCACAACUCGCAGCCAGUGGCGGAGAUUAUUUCAUUGCCUUUUGGGUUAAUGUAGAAGAAAAAUCGGACAUAAUUGGUAAAGAGGUGAUAAAAUGGAAUGGUCCAUUUUCACGUGAUAUUUGCAUCUACAUUUUUUCAGUACUCACUAUUUUGACAGUUACAGUAACAUUAAUGCGUUCAUUUUCAUUUUUUGUUAUGUGUAUGAGGGCAUCAAAAAAAUUACACGAUACAAUGUUUCGUUGUAUAAGUAGAGCGACAAUGAGAUUUUUUAAUACCAAUUCAUCAGGUCGUGUACUUAAUCGUUUUUCAAAGGAUAUGGGCGCUAUUGAUGAAAUAUUACCAAGUGCAUUAAUUGAUUGUGUUCAAAUUGGCCUCUCUCUUUUGGGAAUAAUUGUCGUUGUCGCUAUUUCAAAUUAUUUACUCUUAAUACCAACUGUGAUUAUUGGAAUUAUUUUUUACUAUUUGAGAGUUUUCUAUCUUGCAACAAGUCGCAGUGUUAAACGUCUCGAAGGUGUCACACGAUCGCCAGUAUUUGGUCAUUUGAAUGCGACACUUCAGGGAAUGACGACAAUACGCGCAUUUCAAGCGGAAGAAAUUCUCACAAAAGAAUUUGAUCAUCAUCAGGAUUUACAUUCGUCAGCGUGGUUUAUUUUCAUUGCUUCUUCAAGGGCCUUUGGUUUUUGGUUGGAUAUUUUUUGCCUUCUCUAUAUUGCUCUGGUUACAUUGAGUUUUCUUGUUCUUGGAGGUGAGGACACAACCGAUGGGGGAAGUGUUGGUUUGGCAAUUACUCAAAGUAUUGGACUCACUGGAAUGUUCCAAUGGGGAAUGCGACAAAGUGCAGAAUUGGAAAAUCAAAUGACAUCCGUUGAACGAGUAUUGGAGUACAGCAAAAUUGAAAGCGAACCAGCUCUGGAGAGUAAACCAGAUAAGAAACCAAAAGAAGAAUGGCCAGAAGCAGGAAAAAUUGAAUUCAAACAAGUUUAUUUACGCUACGCACCAGAGGAACCGCCAGUUUUGAAAAAUCUCAAUUUUAUCAUCAAUUCACGGGAAAAAAUUGGUAUUGUCGGCCGUACUGGCGCGGGAAAAUCGUCAUUAAUAUCGGCAUUAUUUCGACUUGCAAAUAUUGAGGGUCGCGUGGAAAUCGAUGGAAUUGAAACGGGAGAAAUUGGUCUUCAUGAUUUACGCUCUAAAAUCAGUAUAAUUCCACAGGAACCAUUUUUAUUUGCAGGAUCAAUGCGUAAAAAUCUUGAUCCUUUUGAUACAUAUCCAGAUAAUGUUCUAUGGCAGGCACUUGAAGAAGUUGAACUCAAAGAAAUUGGCCUUGAAACACAUAUUAAUGAAGGUGGAAGUAAUUUAAGUGUUGGCCAAAGACAAUUGGUUUGUUUGGCAAGGGCAAUUGCAAGAAAUAAUCCCAUAUUGAUUCUCGACGAAGCAACGGCAAAUGUUGAUUUACGAACAGAUGAAUUAAUUCAAAAGACUAUUAGAACGAAAUUUGAAAAAUGCACGGUACUUACAAUUGCUCAUAGAUUGAAUACUGUUAUGGAUAGCGAUCGAAUUUUGGUAAUGGAUGCUGGAAUUGUUGUUGAAUUUGAUCAUCCGCAUAUGUUAUUGCAAAAACCGAACAGUGUCUUAAAAAGUAUGGUCUAUGAAACAGGAAAUUCAAUGGCAGAAGCUUUGAAGGCAGUAGCAAAAAAAAGUUUCGAUCUUCAACAUAUAUCAACACCACUUUGAAGAUUUGAUGCUCUAGAAGUUUUUUUUAAAUACAAAUAAUUCGCAUGUGACUUAAAAUUUACAGCGAAAUAGGAUAUCAUUCAUAAAUUAAUUUAAAAUACAUAUAUAUACAUUUUUUUUACAGAUGUUAUAAAAUGUUAUCUGAUCCAACGUAAAGGACAAUAACAUGCGAUCAAUUAUUUGAAAAAUAUUUUUUUUUCUUGCAUGUUUCAAUGCAAAAGAGAAAAUUAGGAAAAUUAAUAUUAUUAUAUUGUUUCAAAUAGCAAAAAAAAAAAAAGAGGAUUACAUUGGUCGCAAAAGUAAAGAGACGCGGGCACAGACUCAGUAUUAUUAUAAUAUCUUUUGUGUAUUUUAUUUGUCGCAGGAAUACUUUCAAGUGUACUUAAAUGUCACUUUUGUAUUGUUACGUAUUUUUUUUAUUUAUUAUUAUUAUUAUAAUUUUUUUUUUGUAAUUAAAAUAACAGCAAACUUUUUAUUUUAUGUGAUUUUUUUGAAUAAUUAACGAACGAGUCUAGAAUUAUGUGAUUUUUAUUCAUGCAUGUGUUUGAUUUGAAUGAAUUUAUAAGAGAGGAAGAAGAAGUGUAUGUGUGUUUUAAUAGACUGAAACAAAUUGUUCUUAAUUUGAAUUUUAAUCGACUUCCAUUGAUUGACAGAAAAAAAAGAUCAGAUUUCUCAACUGGAUUAUUUUAUAAUGUAUUUCCCAUUAUUUUCGUAAUUUAUAUUUAUUUUUUCAGUUAUAUACUUUUUGUUAAAUUAAAAUAUGUGUUUUAUGUUUGAAAUCAAUAUAAGAUGGACCAAAAAAAAAAAAGGUUUCAUAUAGUACUUAAUAUUGAUUUGUGAAAUUACAAAUUUUAUAUGAAUAUUUCUGAUAAUGCAUUACAUAUAUACAUAUACAUUGUAAAAUUUUUAACAAAUUUUAGAAGAAUUAAAGUAUGUCUAAAAAUU